UAAGCUUCAUGUUUUUGGCUGCUCGCAAUGUUUGGGGCUAUCUCGUUGUUAUGAACAGUGACCUAUGCUCUUUUGUAAAGCUCUCUCUUGGAAGUUGCUUUGGAUAAAAGCGUCUGCUAAAUGCAUGAAUGUAAAUCAUAAGUAAUUCAUCCCCAGCGUUAGAAGAAACCUUGGCCCCUCUAUUAUUCUCGGAGCCUUUCUAGUUGCUCGCAGUCCAUUGAAUGCGACAUUUUGUCAGUAAGAUUCGACUCUCCGCCGUCAGCAACUGUGUUCAUUGUUGGUAAAACAGAGAGCAAGUUGAGAAUGAUAUCCGGGGGCUGAGAAGACAAGACGCGCAUAUCAUCAGUGGACCAGCUGCGGGAGAGCAGCGAAAGGCUACGGGCAUAUAUUAAACGCACAAUCUUCUAGCCAUGGGUUGCUAUGACUGCUGUAUGCGCUGUCUGGGUGGGGUGCCCUACACCUCCCUUGUAGCCACCCUGCUGUGUUUCUCUGGCAUUGCUCUCUUCUGCGGCUGUGGCCAUCAGGCCCUCACAGAGACAGAGAGGCUCAUUGAGACCUACUUUGCCCGUAACCUCCAGGACUACAUUACCCUGGCCUACCUUAUCCAGUAUUUUCAGUAUAUCAUUUAUGGCCUGGCCUCCUUCUUCUUCCUCUACUGCAUUGUGCUUCUGGCUGAGGGCUUCUACACAACCAGUGCCACACGCCAGACCUUCGGAGAGUUCAGAAGCACCAUGUGUGGACGCUGCCUCAGUUCCAUGUUCAUUGUGGUGACCUACGUCUUGGCUGUUUUGUGGCUCCUGGUGUUUGCCUUCUCGGCACUUCCUGUUUACUUCUGUUACAACAUGGAUGCUACCUGUCAUACCAUUACUGUACUGACCGAGACGCCGGCCAGCAUCAACCAGCUCUGCAUCGAUGCUCGCCAGUACGGGCUGCUUCCCUGGAACGCCAUGCCAGGGAAGGCCUGUGGGAUGACACUAUCCACUGUGUGUAAAACCAGAGAGUUCCGGAUGACCUAUGACCUCUAUAUCGCUGCAUUUGCUGGAGCUGGCAUCACCCUCCUGGCGCUGGUCACUGCACUAAAUGGGGGGGAAUACAUAUGUGGAACCUGUGUGAAGAAUCGCAGGCUCUCACCUAUCCAGAGAUCACUUUAAGGAAGGAAGGAUGCAUCUCUAGUGUAGUGAAACAGGACAUGUGUCUGUCUCCUCGUUGGUCCACAGUGGGGAGUUUGUAGUCCACGUUUCCGUGUGACCGUCAGUGACAUGCUGUGUAGGCGUUCAGGCAUCUCAGUCCUGCAUGUCUGAACUGACUGCUGCCCUCUGUUCACGCUCCAGUCUCAGCUGAUCCAAACAGCUCAACAGUGCUGUAAUACUAUUUGGCAAUUUUCCAGCUGAUGAAACGGUCAUUUAUAGCUUGAUGCCUCAUUAGAGGUUCUUAUAUAAUUAUGGUGUCUUGGUAUAUGAAUGAGGCUAUUAGAUCUCAAAUCACAUCUAUGGUAACAGAUAUGUGAUAGUUAUAGCGCUUAUACCAGAAAACGGGAGGAGUUUAACCCUUGUGUAUCUUCGGGUCAUUGUGACCCAUCAGUCAUUGUGACCCACCGUCGUAUUGCGACAACUUUACUGCAUACAAAAACAAAGUAAAGCAUUUUCUUUUAACCGUCGAGCUGUCUCAGACCCCCCGCAUCGCGAAGGUUAAAAGAAAAUGCUUUUUAUUCGUUUUUAUAUUGGGUAAAAUUGGGUAAACACAACGAUGGUUCGUUGCAAACCUUCGGGUCAUGUGACCCGAAGGCAGCACAAGGGUUCAAAUGGUUAUUGGGUCUGUUC